AUGAAUUCCAACGGCCGAAGCGCUCCGGGCAGCUCCCCCGACCAGGCUCGGUCAUACCAUAUCGACAAUGCUCCCCACGCGCUCUCACCGAGCUCCGAUCUCAAGUCUCGCCUUGAGAUCUUUUCUACCAAGAUCCCCAAUGUCUAUGUUGCACCUUUCUGCGGGGCCAGCGCUGGCGUCGCCUCCGGUAUUGUCACAUGUCCUCUCGACGUCAUCAAAACGAAGCUACAAGCCCAGGGUGGGUUUCGACGGGGAGGGGCUCAAGAAGUUGCCUCGGGGGCACUUUAUCGUGGGAUGAUAGGUAGCGGUAGGAGAAUCUGGCGGGAGGAUGGCCUCCGCGGUCUCUACCAAGGACUUGGUCCAAUGUUGCUGGGAUAUCUCCCGACUUGGGCGGUCUAUCUGGCGGUCUAUGAUCGCAGUCGUGAAUAUUUCUAUGACGAGACAGGAAGCUGGUGGUUAUCUCGUGGCUACGCAUCUAUUAGUGCAGGUGCAUGUUCCACCAUCGUCACGAACCCUAUUUGGGUCAUUAAGACGAGACUCAUGUCGCAAAGUUUGAAACAGAACAGCGAAGGAAUACGUGCGCCAUGGCAAUACAAAGGCACAUGGGAUGCUGCACGCAAAAUGUAUCAAAUCGAAGGCAUUCGAUCCUUCUACUCCGGCCUGACCCCGGCUUUACUGGGGUUGACUCAUGUGGCCAUUCAAUUCCCCCUCUACGAAUAUUUGAAAAUGGGGUUCACAGGCUACGGUAUUGGUGAACACCCUGAUACUGGCAGCUCACACUGGAUUGGUAUUUCAGUCGCCACUUUCCUGAGCAAGGUUUGCGCAAGUACAGUCACAUACCCCCACGAGGUCUUGCGCACCCGACUCCAAACACAGCAGCGCACGGCACCGGCGCCAUCUCCCGAGGAGAUUGCUUUCCGGGGCGGCCUGAACCAUCCACACGACCGUGGCCGCUCAGGCGGUAUUUCUUCUUCCGAUGGGAUGCGCAAUCGCCCACGCUACAACGGAAUGAUCCGCACAAUCCAGACAAUCCUUCACGAAGAAGGCUGGCGUGCGUUCUAUGCCGGGAUCGGCACGAACCUGUUCCGGGCCAUUCCGGCUGCUAUGACGACUAUGCUCACAUACGAAUAUCUGCGGAAGCAGAUCAGUUCCUAUCAACACGAGGGCAUGAUGAAGUUAAAGAUGCAAGAAGAGAGUCAGGAUUCUAUUUGA